CCAGUGGGGGGGCGGGCACCAAAAGGGGGCGGUCUGUGAUGCAAAAGCGGCGGAGCUAUGUGGUGUGCCACAAAAGUGGCAGAGCAACAUCGCAGUGAUGUCCACAGUGCUGGAAAAAUAGGACAGUGAAGCUUUGUGCACGGAAGCUUUUCUCCUAUUAAGAUUUCCUGUACUCUCAUUGGUCCUUUAAGAAUAAGUCCCGGUAAAUCUGCUUUGGGAUUGGAUCCUCUUAUCCAAUCCUGUACAGCUUCACCGGGACUUAUAAAGGAGCACAAGGGUACAGGAAAUCUUAAUAGGAGAAAAGCCUCCUUACACAGAGCUUCAUUGUCGUUUUUUGUGCAGCUAGCAGCAUACUGAAGACAGGUGGGCCCAGCCAAUCAACAGUGAUCAGGAUUCUCCUCAUGGCCACCAUAAGUCUAGCGAAACCACAUGGUCCGAUGUCUCCUGAUACGAUUGGCUGAUUCGUACUCAUGUUGAGGCUUGGAAUGCAUGGCUCCUCCCACUAUGGCUGCACAUGUUAUAAGAUUCUGAAGCUGCACCCCACCUUGCAUGGCUCCUUGGAACAGCGCUAUACAAAGUAUGACGAGAUGGGUGUCCUAUUCACAGUACUGGUGAUUGAGUCCAUGCUGGAGAAUGGGUUGAUACAGGUGUACAGCAGAGACACCACCCUGAAGGAGACCAUUCAUGUGUCCAAGGUGAAGGAUUUCCUGGUGAGAUACAUUGCUGCAGCCGGAAACCUGUAAUAGGCGGAAUAAAGAAUUUAUAUUCCUG